CUUGCAUGACAGAUACCUUGAAAAGGAAUUUCGUCUCUUUUCGGGCCCUACUGUUUGAUAGUUUCAUUUUCAGACCCAAAGGCCUUUUUAGCUCACAUUCUUUCUCUAAGAAAGCAUUAAACUUGUAUUGCCCAUUUAUAUAUAAAUAAACAGUUGUACACAUAUGUUUUAUAGAUUGUCAGUACAGGUAAAAUGCUCGAAAUAAGAGAAGGGUCUUGCCUUCCUAGAGUAUUGGUGGGUGUGAAUGUGGGUCUUGUUUGUGUUGACAGCAUUAUUGCUAUUCUUGCUUUUACUCAGCUAAUACGGAUUCACUCGAGGAAUUCACAACUCGGCUGGACAAGACAAAAAGUCUUUCAUCUAUUGAUUGGCUCUUCAAAUGUUGGUUACUUCCUUUACUUUGUUUUAACUCUUGUUGCUGCCUGCUAUGGAUGGUCAUGCUGGUCCUAUUCUUGUGGUUUUAUUGCUAUGGCAAUCCCCAGAAUUCUAUUGUUUGCGGCAUUUCUUCUACUUCUUUCAUUCUGGAUCGACCUUUGCCAUCAAGAUGAUGAAGAAGAAGAAGAUGAUGAAGAUGGUUUUUUGGAAGCUCUGUUGAAGAGGUCAUUAGAUAAUCCCAGUUCAUCAAGUGCAGAUAAUCAGAGAUUAUGUUUUCCUUUCCAAUCAAUUCAUGUGGGAAGCCGUCAAAAGAUUGUGAUUUUGGUUACUGUUCUAGUAUUUCUUAUAAUGAUUACAUUUGCUGUGGUAAUGUGGAUUGGGAUGGGAGAUAAUCCUAUCAAUUCAUCAGUGGUGGCACAGGUGUAUGCAGCUCUUUUUGCGAUAGCAAUACUAUUAUUAGGAGGAGCAUUAGCAUGUUAUGGACUCUUGUUGUGCUUGAAAAUGAGGACAGUUAGAUCUGAGAGAGCUUCUUCUGAAAUGUGGAAGAUCGCAGGAUUGGCUGUUGUCUCUGUUUUAUGUUUUACACCAAGUGCAAUCGUAGCGCUAUUAACUGGAAUACCGGUCCUAUAUCAUUGGCAAGAAUUGCAAAUAAAUGGUGUUUAUACUACUCUUUUUCUAAUCUUAUAUUAUUUUGUAGGUUCUUCGGUACCCUCUGCAUUUGUAUUAUGGGUCAUGAGAGAAUUACCACCUGCAGUAGUAACUAAUCGGCGAGAUGAAUCAAGAACGAUAGCUUUCAUCCAUGACAGUUCAGCAGCAGCAAUACAUCAACCCUAGCACUGGACAACUGCAACAAGCACACAAAACCAGAUAUCUACUAUGAGACCUAUAUAAGUUGGCAUUUAAAUACCAAAAGUUCAUGCUCUUCCUAUGAGAUAAGUGGCGUGCGCUGAAUUGCUGAAUGAGUCUUGUCAGAAAAGAAUUGGAAUUAUACAGUUAGUGGAGUUCAAAGAAAGCUGGUUAAUUCAUACUUGACAGGCCACUCAGAGAACAGCCUUAAGGUUUUCAUCAGUAUCUUUUUGAUAACUUGCUAUAUAAAUAACAGCUAAAUGCUUAAUGAGCUAAAUUUUUCACUUAAACAUUCUGAUGCUUAUUCCUCAUCUUGGUGUCAAAUGGGUUAAUGCUGGAUUCAGUUGCAGUCCCAUAAAUGCUGAUCAUUAUGCAUUUAGAUCUUACCAUGAUAUUGUUUGCACAACCUGUUUCAUCCGGAAGAAUUCACUGUAGUUUUCAGAAUGAUCCAUCUCAAGAGGGGGACACCCAGCAGCUAAUUUGCUAAACUCCUUGGUGUGAGAGAGAAGAGUGUCGGUCAUGUAAUUGUUUCCAUUUUGGUUUGUAUAACGAGAACACCACUGGCAGACUUAUUUGUUCUGUGUUUUGGAAAGAGCAUAACUUUAUGUACGCCAUGAAAUAAAGCAAAGCAGGUAGCAGUAAUAUCA